AUUACAACGAUCUUUCCGGCUUGUGUUUUGUAAACACAACACACAGCUGGACACGCAAUCGUCGCCUUGCAAGUACAGUUAUGGUUUGUGUCACCUGUUAUUGUCAGGCUCUCUGAUUUACUCCGUUUUCUGCUUUCAUUUGUCUGAAGUCGGCUAAUCUGUUGCUGUUUUUCUCCAAGCUGCUAGCCAGCAGUGGUGUCGAGCUAAGCUAAAGCCGCUCAGUUUUGUUUCUGACCCAAAAAAGAAGUUACACUCUCUCAUGGUGGUCGCAGGUCAAUGGGGAACUGUCUGUUUUCACAAGGCGCGGAUGACCUUUCGCUCCUGAACGACUCCGAGGGGGGCAGCCUGCCCGGAGAGCCGCCGCCGCCUUACCAGGAGCAUGCCCAACCAGUGCCAGUCUUCCAUCCCACCCCAGGGGAGAGUCGUCUGGCGAGCCAGCUCACAGAGGAGGAGCAGAUCCGCAUUGCCCAGCGAAUCGGACUCAUCCAGCAUCUUCCAAGAGGUAUCUUUGACCCAGGCUCCGACCCCUCUGACAAGAAAGUAAAAGAAUGUGUGAUCUGCAUGCUGGAUUUUGAGUAUGGGGAUCCCAUUCGGUUCUUGCCCUGCCUUCACAUCUACCACGUGGAUUGCAUCGACCCUUGGCUGAUGCGCUCCUUCACCUGCCCCUCCUGCAUGGAGCCUGUGGAUGCAGCUCUGCUGUUAACCUACGAAACCAACUGAGCAAGCCUCAGCAGCUGCUCCUGCCUAGAUAUGAUUGCACCUUUUUUUUCUUAGCCAAAACUGCCCUAGCUGUUCAGACAGGUAGCCACGGUAACACACAGCGCUAACCAGAUACGAGUAGGGUGUUUGAGGAUACACACAAGUGUCAGAAACUACUGCUACAGAGUGUGCACCGGUCUGGUCUGUUUGGUGUGGGAAAAAGUGCCAAAUUAGGGGUCAAUGGUUGUUUAUCUGAUUGUAAUCAAGCUUCUCAAAGGAAAUCCUCUUCUCUGUUAAGAUGUGAUGUGAGGUAGUUUUAUUUAAACGAGGGUUGUUUGUCCAGACUGGAAAAUGACAAAGUUUCAGGUUUAGGUUAUUUUAAAGAUGGCGGCAGAUAGAUUUUUCUUAACUUUUGUUUUUCCUCUGAAUUGAUAUGUUUUAAUGUCAUUAUUUUGUUGUUAGUCGACACUGUGGAGUCUCUCCUUUGCUUUGCCUUUGACUUGGUUUUGGAAAUCAAUCCAGCGUUUCACUCUUUCAUGGUCAGAGAUGCCAUCGACUGUGCAAUCCCCCUUAAAGCACUUUGGAAUACCCCCGUCUUCAACUCUGUAGAAAGCCACAGAUGAAUGUGUUUUCAUGCUUGUUUCAGAGAAUGGGUGUGGAGGUAACGUUGGGGAUGUGCUGGCUCAGCUGUCUCUGCGGCCAGUCUGAAGCGCAGGCGUAGGGUUUGUAAGAGCACAACUUCUCUCUCGCCUUUUCUUGUUCGAUGCAUUCUCUCUUCCUCAUAAACAGAUCAGGAGGGAAAUGAAACUUGGAGCAGAAGAUGGGAACGCACCAUGAAUGUGAAGCUGUUAGCGAUACUAACCGUACCAGUAACCACGAGAGGAAGUUUCUGAUUUACUGUGCACUCACUGUGCCUUUUUAAAGAACGACACAAGCCAGUUGACGUGAAGGACAAUCAUUUUUGACUUGAUUUAGUUUUUAGUUGUCCUCUAGGAGGAGAUGGAGACCAGAACGACACAAGGCCAGGAAACCGGCCUGGCUGCUGGUAUUAAUGAUGUCUUUUACUUUAUGUUUGCUAAAAAUGCACCAAGUGUAGGAAACUCAUGAAAACCACAAUAAAAGUCCACACCAGAUCA